UGUUUGUGACGCAGUGCGCAUUGUCACCUCCUAGCCACGAGCGGUAAAUGGAGUCGAGCGGUCACACCGACACGAUAACGUUGAUAACAAAUAAAGUAUUAGUUAUGCUGUGCAAGAGCGCAGUCUCCGAGCAUACGAUUGGUUUGCAUGGUUAGGUUAUUAGCGAGGCGAUGUACCAACGUGAUAGUUCAGCCUGCCAUUAAGUGUCUGAUUGUAGCUGGCUGCUAGCGAGGCUUGUCGCCCUCAUAAGGCCCAGCUUAGCCUCGGCUAGUUAGCUAGCCUAGCCGCCACAAAAGUUUCUACGUUUUCAAAAGAUCAACGGUUCCCUUUGUGCAUUUGGAGGCGUGAGAGCAUAAGAAGGAGCCAUGGCAGACGAGGGUGCUGUUGCAAUGCAGCCAAUUAUGGACAGGAGCUGUUGGGUGUGCUUCGCCACAGACGAGGACGACCGCACGGCCGAGUGGGUUCGCCCAUGCCGCUGUCGUGGCUCCACCAAGUGGGUACACCAGGCAUGCCUGCAGCGCUGGGUGGACGAGAAGCAGCGCGGCAACAGCACAGCCCGCGUGGCCUGCCCCCAGUGCAACGCCGAGUACCUCAUCGUCUUCCCCAAGCUCGGGCCGGUGGUGUAUGUGCUGGAUCUGGCAGACAGGCUCAUCUCCAAGGCUUGUCCUUUUGCUGCUGCCGGCAUCAUGGUGGGCUCCAUCUAUUGGACUGCAGUCACAUAUGGAGCUGUCACCGUCAUGCAGGUGGUGGGUCAUAAGGAGGGCCUGGACGUGAUGGAGCGGGCGGAUCCUCUCUUCCUUCUCAUUGGCCUGCCCACCAUCCCAGUCAUGCUGAUUCUGGGGAAGAUGAUUCGCUGGGAGGACUACGUGCUCCGCCUCUGGAGGAAGUAUUCCAACAAGCUGCAGAUCCUGAACAGUAUCUUCCCAGGGAUUGGUUGCCCGGUGCCCAGGAUCCCUGCUGAGGCCAGCCCACUGGCUGAUCACGUGUCGGCUACACGGAUCCUGUGUGGAGCCCUGGUGUUUCCCACCAUCGCCACCAUUGUGGGCAAGCUCAUGUUCAGCAGUGUGAACUCCAACCUGCAAAGGACCAUCCUGGGUGGCAUUGCAUUUGUGGCUAUUAAGGGGGCGUUUAAGGUCUACUUCAAACAGCAGCAGUACCUCCGGCAGGCCCAUCGCAAGAUUCUCAACUUCCCCGAGCAGGAGGAGGCCUGAGUGGGGGUGGGUGGGGGAGCGCAGCCAUGGCCCCUUCCAGACUGAGAGUUCACCAGUACCUCCAUGCCACCUGCACCAUCUCCUCUGUGUGCUUGUGUGCUGCAAAGUCCAUGCUGUUUGCUGGGGUGAACGCGAUGGCGGCGAGCGUCGGUUUGGAUCGUACUGAGUACGUACUGGAGGACGAGGGAGCGGGUGGAGUGACGGGUGUUGCAGCAUGCACUGACGCACCACAUGGUUCACAGAAGCUGUUCGUUCUUGUCUCUCUCCCCAAAAAUGUGAUGUCCCCCACCGUAUCAGUUUUGCUUAAGAUUUAGGUUCAUUCUCUCCAGCUAUAAUCAAAACUGUGGGAGGUUACUACUUUUCUGUGUUUUAUAGGGUGUAUUUUUUUAAUCGAGUGUAAGUUUUAUGUGAAAUUUUUUUUUGACAGUGAGGUACAUUGGAAUGACACUGAAUGGGGGGCUGUUCAAUGAAUCAGUGAUUCUGCUGUAUAACUGUACAUGUCCCCAUUUAUCCUACAUUGUGUUUAUUCUCUUUAAUGUUUAACAUUAAAGGCAUAAAGGGUUUGCAUCUCAAACCUACUCUGAUUUAUAAAAGCAAUGAGGAAUUUUAGACUAUGGUGUAUUUCAGUCUUUAAUUAAUGGUAACAUGCAUCCAUAUGCAGUCCCAGUGGCCCUGUAGGACACUGCAGCCCAGUGAGCGCUGGAGUUCAGGAAUAUACAUGCACAUUUGUCUUAGAGACUUCACUGUCAGGCUUGAAGAGUGACCUCUAUCAGUGUUGUGCAAUCAUACUGAUUUAAUGAUGUCAAAUUAACAGUUAACAAUGGAAUACUAGAGACUUAAUGAUUCUUGAAAGGGAGGGUAACUUGUCUAUUCAUGGAGCCUGUAAUUACUGGAGUACCCCCAACCCACGUUUUCAUUUUAACUUCUGAGUUAUUUGAGGGUUUAAAAUGGGUGACUUUUUUCCCUUUUUUUUUUUUUUUAAAGGUUGGCACUACCUUUUCUGGGUCUUUUCUAGCAUAUUCGAAAGAUCCUCGCGAACUAUUAUACAUGGAGUUGGUAAAAUUGCUCUCUCGUUGCAUCACCUAGUGAGAGAACUUCAAAAUCGGAAUGACUGCAAGCAGAGGCCUCAGUCCACCCUCACCCUGGUGCUCCUGUCUCAGCUGUCGCUCCGCUUGUUGGUGCUACGUGCACCAGACUUCACAAUGCUGUUAACGCUGAACAGGAACCGUCAUCCGUUUCUUCACAGCACUUCUGGUGAAGGGGUCGCUACUGGACCGUUUCCUGGAGUAUGGACGGCUGUCUCCGUCAAGGGAAGGUGGAGUGUGGCACAACAUUACUAGCUUUAGUGGCUUACUCCAGGAUUGUGUUGCCUCUGUGAAUUAUACCAUAAGCUGUUUGACACUAGUGAAUAUGCCAAAUGUGCAGAUUUAAGUUUCUGGACUAAAAUCUUUUCAUGUGAUCAACACUUAACCUUGAUGCAUUUGUGAUUGCCAUUGUGUGUGAGACGAUCAUACGAGAGGAAAAUAAGGUACAACCAUCAGUGUAUUAACUUUGUUGCGCUAGGGUGUUGUGUUCUCUUUGUGUAAAAUGGCAUGCCAAGAACAGACCACCCUAUUCUGGAAUGGAAAUCAACACUGCAUUCAGUGGGGAUGUAUUCCAUGUUGGUUUAUAGGAUUGUAGUCACUUCAGCCUGUGACUUAAACUUACACCAGAAAAGCUCAUUUUUUAUAACUUAAGUAACCUCUCACUAUAAUUUAAUUAAAAAAAUGUAAUUUACAUUUGCAUUAUUUGCCUUCACCCACACCAAAAGGGCUUGUUCAAGCCUCCAGUUACCCUUUAUCACAUUGGCAGCCAGUAGUUUACUGCUUAGGCCUGUGUGUCUGAAAGGUCUUGAGAUGUACCAGAAAAACAGUUCACAGAGACCAUAAUGCCAAACACAGAACUUUGCUGUAUAAAUGUAUGCAUUGUAUAUACAGAUAUUGCUUCUGAAUUUAGUUAUGGUUGACUUGUGAAUAAAUGUAUUUUUUCAAUGCUU